AUGAAUUCUAUACUGAGAUGAGGAGGCAGAUUAUGAUUCUUACUGGGGAUCAGAAAGAUGAUUUUCCGGAGACCAAAGUCGUGAAGCCAUCUUAUUGUAGUGUCACCAAAGUCGUUAAGCCAUCUUAUAGUAGUGCCAGUAAACCAAGAAGCUUAAGCAUCACAUCAUCACAUGGCAGCAUGAGCCUGUGGCAAUAUGAGUAUAACAGUACCAAUUCAGAAGCAGUACCAGUUCAGCAUGCAGAGUCCUGGGGAAUUAGCACAGGGACUGGAGUUUUCAUCCCUCUAAGUACUGUAAAACCCAUAAGAAAUAACAAGCCAAAAUCAAGAGGAAGGGUAAAUGACAGAAGAAUUAAAAAGCGAGCGGACAACAAGCACUGAUCAAGAAAACAACCUAUUGCCUAGAGCUAUGGCUCACCCGGA